GUCUCACUCCACCUCUCUUAGUUUUUAGCUAUGAUGUUACACGCCGUUAGAAGACUUGUGUCUCCUGCUCUGGGCAGGUCCGCUAGCACUCUGGUCCUGGUUGAGCACAAUGGAAGUGCUAUUAACCCUGCUACUCUGCACACUGUUACUGCUGCUAAGAAGUUGGGUGGCCCCAUCCACGCUCUUGUUACUGGAGAUGCUUGUCAGGAGGCAGCGGCUGCAGCAGCUAAGAUAUCUGGAAUUGAGAAGGUGUUUGUUGCUGAGAGUGAUGCUCUGAAGGGUCAGGUUGCAGAAGCAGUGUCUGCUGUACUGCUUGAUGUUCAGGCUCACAACAACUAUUCUCACAUUCUUGCUAACGGAACUGUCUUUGGAAAGAACAUUCUGCCAAGAAUUGGAGCAAAGCUGGACGUAGCCCCCAUCUCCGACAUAAUCGAAAUCAAAUCAGAGAACACCUUCAUCAGAACAAUCUACGCUGGUAAUGCAAUCCAGACCCUAGAGUCAGUAGACCCUAUCAAGCUGAUAACAGUGAGGAGCACUGCUUUUGAGGCUGCUGAAGAAGAGGGUGGUUCAGCUACUACUGAGGCUGUUGAUAUAGUCGUAACCAAUAACAAGUCAAAGUGGUUGGAGGCUAAGAUCAGCAAGUCCGAUAGACCUGAGUUAGCUUCUGCUAAAGUCGUCAUCUCUGGAGGACGGGGUUUGAAGAACGGAGAGAACUUUGAAAUGCUGUACACACUGGCUGACAAGAUGGGAGCAGCAGUCGGGGCUUCCCGGGCUGCAGUAGAUGCUGGCUACGUUCCCUCCGACCUUCAAGUCGGACAAACUGGCAAGAUGAUCGCUCCCGAUCUGUACAUUGCUGUUGGUAUCUCCGGAGCAAUCCAGCAUUUAGCCGGUAUGAAGGAUAGUAAGACUAUUGUUGCUAUCAACAAGGACGGUGAAGCUCCCAUCUUCCAAGUUUCAGAUUACGGUCUCGUGGACGACCUUUUCAAGGCUGUACCUGAGAUGAUUAACAGCAUCGAAUAGUUAGAAUACCAUUCCGUUCACCUACUACCCACCCGACCCGAACUUAUGUACAAAGAGAUGUUGAUAUGAUGGAGUGAUGGAGUGAUUCAUAGGCUCAGUGCUUGCCUCUUUUUAUUGACUGAUGUUUGUUUUUCUUUAGCCAGGAUAUAACAUAUACAUUAUAUAAUUGAGGUUUAGUCUUCCUUUUAGAAGAAUUUUUUGCGUGGCCCAAAUUUUAAAUUAUUACCACUUUUCGCCAGAAAAAAUCAAAACCCUGCUUAUAUAUUUCAGCUGUUAUACGUGACCCAAUAGGUUCAAGCAUGAGCAUUUAGUCAAAUUUGUUCAAGUGUUGUAAAUGUUUUGUACGAUUGUUUUUUAAACUUCAGUUAAUCAUUA